AUGUCAUCCACGACUACAUCCGCCGACACACGGCCCAUCGCCCCUGCGCGCUUCGCUGCCGCUCUCAAAGACCUAUCCAUCGGCAUGCUACACCUCAAAGUCCUCGAGAUCCGUAACUCAAUCGCCCACCUCCAAUAUUCCAACGACCAGCUCAAGCCCUUCGCAGAGGGCACGGAAACCACUCCCUCUGGAGAAGCUUCGGCGCCCGACCAAGACUGCAUCGACGCCAUCCGCGAGAACGAAGGUGUCAUUGACCGCAUGGCCGAGCGAAUCGCUCUUAUCCGCGUAGAGGUGGAGGAACGCGGUCUUAACUGGACAGAGUUUCAGAACCGCGAUGAGUCUGAGAGCAAGAAUGACGAGGAUGCUGUUGUAAAUGGAAACGCACAGACGGACGUCGCAGCCUCAAACACAGAGAGUCGACAUGAUGCGUGGAGCGACGGCACAUUCCAGACAGGGACAAUUCGAAACGGCGAGGUGCACCUAGAUCGUCAGGCUGGAAGACCAGAAGGCGGAAGCUUGAGUGAUGAGCAGCUUCGGAGAGCACUAGAGGAACGAAUGCGGGAUCUGGGUACAGAAGAUGACGAAGGAGGCAUGCAUCUCUAG